AUGAUGGAGCACCCACUUGCCAAGGAUAUCAAGUCUAACACUAACGUUGAACUUCAGAUCCAGUUGCUUUUGGCCGAAGAGGAAAGAGAGCGACUCCAACUAGCCAUGGCGCAAGUUGCUGAAGAGUUACGCCGUCGUCGCGAAGAAGCAGAGCAGGCACAUCAGAUGCUUCAGCGUAUGGUUAUUCGAGACAAUAGGGAAGACCAAGCCCAGCAACCAGUUGCAGAAGCAGAUCAAGUAGAGGAACCAAUGGAGCUCGGAGUUGAUCAGCAAGCUAUAGACAGAAACAACAACUAA